AUGUGCCCAUGUAUACUGUUUGACAAGUUGAAAAAUGCAUUUGGAAAGAAAAAAAAGAAGAAAGAAACAGAACAGUCGAGCAAGUCCAGCAAUUCGGGACCUGUCACUGAGAGUCCUGUCGAAAGCAAAAAGAACAGUAAACGGAGCAAGCGGAGUAAAAAGAGCAAAAUGAGCAAGAGUAGAAGAGAACAACCAUCCAGUCAGAACAGCGAGGAUAGCAAGGUCAAGGAGGUGAUAGAAACAAAAGAGACGGUAGUGAGACCCAACGUUAAUUUCAACCUAUGUGAUCUUUCAGUUGCUAGGACAAGUUUUCAACACGAAACCGGACCCCAAAGACUUUGCCCUCCGUGUGAUUCAAGCAGACCGGCCUGAUCUUGUGACUCCCGAAUUAAAAUUGACACCAGACGAGCUCAAAGCUCUUGAGCUUAGCCUGUUGAAGAACGGAGAAAUGCGUGGCGGUAUUAGUCUUGAGCUGGGAAACGUGGUCGACUGUGACGAGUAAUGAAUUGAUGAGACUGACAAGAUUACCGUGUAAAAUUGCAGUGAGCACAAUGAAGUUGGACAAGGAGAUCAUUUAGAAAUGGUGGUACUGUGGGCUCACGGGCGGUUCGGAGCCAUCUACUUAAUUACAAGACACACCAAAGAUAAAGAAGGGUUAGUGACGAACUUCUGGCAAAGUAGGUUUUUUUUUUCUAGAGAUCCUCUGGAAACCGGACUGCCAAUGAUUUUGAAAGCGAGUCGCCGUAUGUAUGCCUCUGCUCGGAUCGAAAACGAAAUUGCGACUCUUCGCUAUCUGCAGGAUAAGAGCAGACCAGGAAAACUGAAGGACGUGCCAAUGCCGACCAAGAUUACUCCGAUGCCCGUGUUCGGAACAGCCGGCGGAGCUCCUUAUUUUCUUAUGCCAGUGAUGGAUGCCAACCUGGAAAAGAUCCGCCAGGAAAUCAAGUGCAAAGUUCCGUGGUCUGACGCCUUCUACAUUGGUCAAGAGGCUAUGAUUGGAAUCAAGCAGUGCCACGAACACUUGCUUGUUCAUCGGGACAUCAAACCAACCAACUUGCUGCUGAGUAUCGAAUUCAACAGAGAUUGGUGGCUCUGUGACUUCGGAGAUGCGUGCCCAAUCGGAGAGAAAAAAAUGUUGUCUCCUCCUGAUGCGCUCACCCUUCCGUUCCUUUCUAGGACUGCUCACAAAGCUAUAUCGGAGCCAGUGACUGCUGAUGUAAUUAUGGAUAUUGAGAGCUGGUUUUAUAUGCUUUUGGAUAUGUGAGUCACUUUUCUUGAAAACAUUCCCAUUUUUGUUCCAGGUUUAUAGGAUUGCCGUGGAAAAAGUUGACAGAAGAGUCGGAGACUUUAGCAUCCAAGAUCGCGUUCUGGUCUUCUAUUGAUGAUUUUUUCAAGAAUAACUCCGCUAAACUUCCUCCACAACUCUUCAAAAUUACUCAAGUCAUUGGCAACGGUUUCAAAAAUAAGCCGUACAGUCAGUUGACUGCCGCUCUCAGGGAAGGAUUCACCCAAUACAAUGAGAAGCCACCAUGGAAACCCGUUUGGAUUGAAAAACGACCCACUAACAAAGUCUCGGCUACGGCUCAAGCCACCGCUUCGACUCAGCAUUCAUCCUCGAGUGCUGCACCGCCGCCAAAGAAGCGGAAAGAGAAAAACAAUCCGCAGAAGAGCUCACAGAAGCAGCAGGAGUCGAUUUCGAAAAAUCAAAGGUUAAAGUCAGAGAACACUAAAUCAUCGAAUAGUCGAAACGAGCAGAAGAGCAAGGUCGAACAAAAAAGUUCGCCCAAAAGUAGCAGAUAGAUGAAACCUUCUAGAUUUUGGUUUUUGAAUAAAAAAUGAAUUCAGUAUUACCGGUUCACUUACUUUGUAACCCAAACAAAACGGUACCAACUGGAUCGGAGGAGAGUCGUCGGCACACGCAAGUGCAAACGCGUCAAUCUCGCCCAUGCAGAGCCGAUCUCUCAUAAGUUCGUUUCGCGGAUUGCAGAACCAGUUCAACCGCUUAG